GGGAAAGAACUGUGCACGAGCAUCAACCCUGACGAGGCUGUUGCCUAUGGAGCAGCAGUUCAGGCUGCUUUGCUGACUAAAGGCAAGAAAUUUGUCCCCAACUUAGUGCUAUUAGAUGUUACGCCGCUGUCACUCGGUACAUCUGUAAAAGGAGAUCUCAUGAGUGUCGUGAUUCCUAGGAACACCACCAUUCCUGUUGUAAAAAAGAAAGGAUUUGUAACAGUCAAAGAUUUCCAAUCUAUUGUCUGUAUUGAUGUUUACGAGGGUGAAAGGACAAGAGCAAGCGAUAACAAUUUGCUUGGUUUCUUUAAUCUCAAUGGCAAUCCUAAAGCUCUUCGAGGCCAUCCUGUAACCGUAUGUUUCAGUAUAGAUGAUGAUGGUAUCCUAACUGUAAUUGCUGAGGAUGAAACCAUUGGAAGUAAGAAUUGGAUUACCGUAACCAACGAAAACGGAAAACUAUCAACUCAACAAAUUAUGAGAAUGAUUCAAGAAGGCGAGAAAUACAAGGCUGAAGACCAGAAGUACGAAAAGAAAGUUAAAGCAAUUAAUGCUUUGGAUGACUUCGUUUACAAGAUAAGGAAUGCUAUAGAUGAUGUACAUAAUCCAAAAGAGAAAACGAAUAUCAACAAGGCAAUUGCAGAGGCCGAGAAAUUGCUUGAUGCUAGGGAGAAGACAGAAACAGAGGUUUUUGUGGAUCAUCUGCACAGGGUGAAGAGCCUCAUUAAACCCAUUAUGAAGAUUAACUAGUUUGUUUUAAGUUUAUGUUGGUGAAAAAUGUAAUUCUUUAUGAAGCAUGCUAUCUAAACAAUAUAGAAUUUCCAGUUUCAACUAUCAAUCCUU